GUAGACAUUAACAAAUGGCAAGUGAAGAGGAAGGCCGUGUAGUGGCUCUUAAGAGAUACAAGAUUUUAGCCGGUCUGAUGGGACUGUUGACUGCCGGACUCUUGAUCAUGGGAAUCAUCGCCGUUACCAUGUACCCGGAAAACGGAUUUGGACCACCAUAUUACCUCGGAUGCUUUAUUGUCGGAUGUUUGGGUCUGAUCCACACAAUGGUGUCUACCAGAAUCGUUUCGAAAGGCGGCGAUAUCGACAAUGAUGACAUCAAGAAAAGAGAAAUUCAAAGCACGAUUAAAGGCCACUAUGCGCUGUCCAUAUUUCUUUGCAUCGGCUGUUUCUUCGGUAUAUUCUUCGCCGUCGUUAGUCUAUCUGGGUUUGUAUCCGGUCCAGACGAACCAACUGGAUAUGAGGACAAAGUCGAAGCCCUUUCUGGUAUAACGAUUGCUUGCUGUAUAUUGACGCUAGGUGUUAAUAUAUUUGGCAUACGUAUUGUUAUCACUUAUGGACGCUAUUUUGGUGUGCAUAUUAAUGAUCAUCGAACUGGUGCAGCUGAGACAACAUUUGACACACAAACUGGGGUUUUACAUAAUGAUGGGACGGGUACGAAUGCCAUUAUACAAAGUCUUACGGAAGAAAACAGACUACUUCAAGAGAACCUACGACUUCAACAAGAGCUAAACCAGCAAAGAAGAUCACAAAGAACUCAUAAUGUAUUGAACCCUUCGCGGUCGACCAUCUAUCCAAUGGGUGGAGUAUAUCACCUAUCCGCUCAUUCGUUCCCCACGGAUCCUCCGCCGAGCUAUUAUUCAGUGAAUUAGGGCGCCGAUUUUUUCACCUAUAGUGGUAACAAAAUUAUUGACACCGUUUAUUGUUUACUGAUGCACUGUAUGAAACACAGUGCGUAUGUGUGAGUCUGCUCCAGCAUAACGACGCAUGACUUCUUGUUUGAGACGCUAUGAACAUCCCGAUGUUUGAACACAUGUUUGAAAUCACUAUUUUAUUGUACGAUCCAUGGGGCCUGUUUAUUAAAGGA